UCUGGUGGGUUCAGGGUGCGGGGAACGGUUCUAGGCGGCAGCGCGCUGCGGUGACAGGCGGUUGGCAGAAUUAACGCGCGAAACAUUUUCCUCGCUCGUGCGCAUCUCUCUCUCUCUCUCUCUCUCUCUCCCAUUCGCCCAGGGUGUUUGGGUCCAGUGCAACUGGCCGCCGUGUUCGCCGAGGAUGGAGCGUUCGUGGGACCGCGUUUCCUCCACUGGGAUCUUUAUUUUCGGGGCGCUGCUUUGGCCGGCGCUGCGUGGAGUGUGGAGUUUUAACCUGCACGCGGAGCGUCCCACGGUUUACAAGGGCCCCAGUGGAAGUUAUUUCGGGUAUUCUGUGGACUUCUACCAGGCGUCCACAGACAGCAGCACGAUCAGCGUGUUGGUGGGGGCUCCGAAGGCGAACACCUCCCAGCCGGGCAUCGUGGAGGCCGGGGCCGUUUACUACUGCCCACGGCACGGGGCGCCUGACAGCUGCAGGCAGAUACCGUUUGAUAACUCCAAUAACAGGAUGGUGAAGGUGAACGGCACCAGGGAGCCCGUGGAGUUUAAGUCGCAGCAGUGGUUCGGCGCGUCGGUGCGGUCGCACCGGGGCAAAGUGGUGGCGUGCGCCCCGCUCUACCACUGGCGGACGGUGAAGCUGAGCGCCGACAAGGAGCCCGUGGGGACCUGCUACGUGGCCGUGCAGAACUUCAGCGCCUACGCCGAGUACUCGCCCUGCAGGACCAAUGAUCCGGACCCGGAGGGACAGGGGUUCUGCCAGGCUGGCUUCAGUGUGGAUUUCACCAAGGAAGGACGUCUAGUGGUGGGAGGACCUGGAAGUUUUUACUGGCAAGGUCAGGUGAUGACGGCGGGCGUCGCUGAGAUACUGAACGGCUACUCCUUGAAGGCCAUGCUGCGGCAGGUUGCAGGGGAGAAACACACUCGGGCGGCUGAGAAUACACACGACAACAGCUACCUCGGUUACUCUGUGGCGGUGGGAGAGUUUACAGGAGACUCAGAACAAGAGCUGAUAGCCGGAGUUCCGAGAGGAGCCAAGAGCUUUGGAUACGUGGCGAUGAUCAACUCCACCAACCUCACCUUCAUUCUGAACUUCACCGGAGAGCAGAUGGCUUCCUACUUCGGCUACUCCGUGGCUGUCACUGACUUGAAUGGAGAUGGGACGGACGACGUGCUGGUUGGAGCUCCGCUCUACAUGGAGAGGGAGCUGGAGAGCAAACCCAGGGAGGUGGGGAGGGUCUACCUCUACCUGCAGACGGCCCCGCUCACCUUCUCCGAUCCCGUCGCCCUCACCGGCACACACACCUUCGGCCGCUUCGGCACGGCGAUAGCGCCGCUGGGAGACGUCAACCAAGAUGGAUACAAUGACGUGGCGGUGGGCUGCCCCUUCGGGGGCGAGGAGCGCGGCGGCCGGGUCCUGAUCUUCAACGGCAACAGGGACGUGAGCGCACGAGGUCUGACGCUGAGCCAGGAGCUGCGAGCGGCCCGGACCCCCGGCGCCGGCCUGCCCGGGUACGGCUUUACCGUGAGGGGGGGCCAAGACCUGGACAACAAUCAGUACCCGGACCUCAUCGUGGGGGCGUUCGGAGCAUCCGAGGUGUUGGUUUACAGGUCCCGCGCUGUGGUGUCAGUGGACGCUGAAAUGAUCCUGACCCCCAAAAUCCUGAACCCCGACGAUCGCCAGUGCCGCCUGCCGCAGACAGAUCUUAUGGUUACCUGUCUGAGGGUUGACGUCUGCGCGGCUGUGAGCGGCGUGGGCAUCCCCAGCUCUAUAGGGCUGAGAGCCGAGCUGCAGCUGGAUUGGUUGAAAGGCACCAGGGGCGGGGUCAAGAGGGUGCUCUUCCUGGACUCCCAGCAGCCUCAGCGCACGGGGCUCCUGACGCUGGGUUACAACCAGCCACGCUCCUGUCUGAGUUAUACCAUCUACCUGAAGGAGGAGGACGAGUUCAGGGACAAACUGAGCCCCAUUUCUCUGGCUCUGAACUACAGCUUGGCUCCUCCCAGUCACGGUCAAAGCCUCCCGCCCGUCCUCGAUCACUACAGCAGCACCUUCCUCCAGGAGCACGCCUACAUUCUGCUGGACUGCGGCGACGACAACGUUUGCAUCCCCGACCUCCAGCUCUCGGCCAGCAUGGACCGCUCAGAGCUGGUGAUCGGCAACGACAACCUGCUGAUGCUGAGCAUCGCGGCGGCGAACCGGGGGGAGGGCGCCUACGAGACGGAGCUGCGCGCGCUCAUACCGCCGGAGGCCGACUACAUAGGAGUGGAGCGAUGGACGGAGUCCUUGUCUCAGCUAAACUGUGAGUACAAGAUGGUCAACGAGUCCAGGAUGGUGGUUUGUGACCUGGGGAACCCGAUGGUGGCCGGCACAGAGUUGUCCGUCGGCCUGAGGUUUUCUGUGCAGAGACUGGAAGAUGCCGGACCCAAAAUCAGCUUCGAGCUGCAGAUCCACAGCUCCAACAAGGACAACUCCGACAGCAACCCAGUCAGCCUGAAUCUGUCCAUUGUGGCCAGAGCUCAGCUUGAUUUACGCGGGGUGUCGCACCCGUCUCAGGUGGUGCUGCCGUUCCCACGCUGGGAGCCCAAAGAGAAGCCGGUCAAGGAGGACGACGUGGGACCGCAAGUAACACACAUCUAUGAGCUGCAUAACUCCGGCCCCAGCAGCAUUCGCGAGGCCGAGCUUCACAUCGGCUGGCCUGCCCGUUUCCAUGACGAGAACCUGCUCUACGCCAUGGAGGUUCACGCGGACGGCCCAGUGAGCUGCAGGACGAACACCAGCCUCAACCCACUGGGCCUUCAGGUCUCCACUCUCCAGGACACACCUGAGCUGCUGGGCUUCCUGAGGAACGCCAGCGCGGCCCCUCGCCGCCACCGGCGAGCCGCGAGCGCCGCGAGCGCCGCUCAAAGCUACGGCGGUAAAAUCCUGAACUGCACCAACGUCUCCUGCCUGAGGGUGGCGUGCGUGGUGGGCCGGCUGGAUCGAGGGCAGAGCGCGGUGGUCAAGGUCCGAGCGCGGCUCUGGGUCCAGACCUUCCUGCUGCGGCGUAACGACCCCUACGUCCUCAGCUCCACCGUGUCGUUCGCGGUCACGUCCAUGCCGUACAAAGUGCAAGCGCCCACCCUGCCUGAGCACAGAGCCUCGAUGGCGACGCUGGUGCUGUGGGGGACCCCGGACGUGUCCUUCGCGGUUCCACUCUGGGUCAUCAUCCUGGCAAUCCUGCUGGGGCUGCUGGUUCUGGCCGUGCUCACGCUCGCCAUGUGGAAGUGCGGUUUCUUCGACCGGGUGCGGCCUCCGGCUGACGACAACGUCUCUGACCAGGAGCAGCUCACGUCCAAUCAAACAGGGGAGGCCUAAGACAACGCACGACGGCUCCCGAGUGCAGGGAUGUGCGCCAUGAAUCAGGUCUGAGAUCUGCCGUCGUCAGACAUUCCCCAGCUGGAGAUCCUCUGCCUCUAUGUUAAUGAAACAGACUGAAAGGACAGACAAGGCUGCAGCGCCACAAAGACUGGGAGCCGUUCACAGGGUUCAAACCAGACAGAGCAGGACCAAGACACACUCAGCAGGCUAAGCCACACACAUGCCCAUUGUUUAUUGUUGUGAUGAAGAACCAGAAGACAGAAUUGACUUUGCUAUGAAGACAAAGCUUUAAAUGUUUUGGUAACUCAACGUUUUUGUUUUUUUUGAGGCACAAAGGGACUAGUAGUGUGUGUGUGUGUGUGUGUGUGUGUGUGUGUGUGUGUGUGUGUGUGUGUGUGUGUGUGUGUGUGUGUGUGUGUGUGCAUUAGGUGCGUCUUGUGUCACACGUUCCUGUAGUUACUGAAUUCCUUCCCCGCCUGGUUUAAUUUAUCCCACUUUGCUUGGGACUGGGCUGGUUCACGUUAAUCAGAGGAUGUAGUCGCCGGCACAAACAGAGGUAAUACGUGUAUUUAUGAAUGUAUGUGCAAUAUUUGGGCGUUGCGUGAUACUGGAGCUUGUUUACACUGGCGUUAUUUUAUAGGAGCUUAACGUUUCCAUUGUUUAUGUAUAUAAGUGGUUCUUUUUUUCAUUGUUGAACAAAAAAAUCAAUAGUUUCAAACUGAUUUAAGAAACAAGUUGCAUUUUAAAAAGAAUGGAGUUAGAAGACAAAUGCCUUAAGUAACUUAUUGCUGUCUUGAUAGAAUGAUUAGAGGGGUUUGUCUCUGAGCUGGAACCCUGCUGGGUCACUAGAUAUGGUUUCAGUGAUACUGUAUAACUGACUGUAAUGCGUAGGGAGGCAGAACAGGUGUCUUUGUAUAAAGUGUGAAGUUUUAUUAGAAUAAAGUCUUGUUUAAUUUC